CCCAGUCGUUGAGGUCCUCUUUCUACCUUUUUUCCAUGUUCUGCAUUGGAAACUUCAAGGAAACCCACGUGAUCCCAACCAUUGAUUGGCCCAUUUCAGCAUCUGUAUUUAAAAAAACUCUGACAUCCCUCCACGACAGAUAACAACCAUGGAUUCCGGCCAACAGACUCGUCAAAACGUCGUCGUGAUGCGCCAUGGCGACCGGAUUGACAACUUCGAGCCGCUAUGGACUGAGAAAGCUGCUAGGCCAUGGGAUCCGCCGUUGGUGUUAGAUGGCAAGGUUAGGGCAUUCUCUACCGGUAAGAAAUUCAAAAAGGACCUCCGUUUUCCGAUUCAUCGCGUCUUUGUAUCGCCGUUUCUUCGAUGCCUUCAGACAGCUUCCGAAGUCAUACACGCUCUUUGCGCCGUCGAUUGUAAUGUUACUCAUAUGAGCUCUGCCGAUGGCGUCAAAAUCGAUCCUUCUAUGCUCAAGGUAUCUGUUGAAUAUGGACUAUGUGAAAUGCUGAACAAACGAGCCAUACGAGCUGAGAACGCCCCUAAAGAUGGAGACUUUGCUUUCACUAUUUCAGAAUGUGAAGCUGUUUUACCACAAGGGACAGUUGAUUCAACUGUAGAACCAGUUUACAAAGAGCUACCAAAAUGGGAAGAGCCAACAGAGGUGGCUAGAGACAGGUACAAGAAUAUUAUCAAGAUUCUUGCUGAUAAAUACCCUACCGAAAACUUACUGCUUGUGACACAUGGGGAAGGUGUUGGGGUGUCAGUGACUUCAUAUGCACGUGAUGAUUUGCUAGUGAGUGAAGUGGAAUAUUGUGCAUAUUCAAAGCUUCAUAGAACAAUUUCCACCAAAGGAGCUGGGGAAUUUGAGUUGUGUAUGAAUCUUAAGCACAGUGGUAUUUCCUAUAUACCCACACGAGUUGAUGAAGAACAAUCCACAUCAUAAAGAAACCAAGAUUCUAAAGCUUUUUGAAAAGCUUACUUAUGAAAUUUGCAUAUUUAUCCUUCGUCUAUUUGAAAUGUUUUAUAUAAACUUGUCAUUUAGUUUGUCGUUUUUAAGCACAAGUCAUAUUUGAUAUUGAACAAGAACAACCAUGUAGUUUUAAUAGGGUAAAAAAUGGUAAAAAUAAAUGUUCAGUUUUA